UCCCUCUUUUAUUUUGGAAGAAUCUGAACCGGAAGUUGUUCGUCGACCGUCCAUCCAUCCAUCCAGGUGGUAACGAGAGGAGAGCUAGCUUUCUCCGGGUGACAUAUUCCAUUAGCGAUUCCUGGUUAUAAUACGGGUCACUUUUGGUGACGGCAAUCAACAAUGAUUAUCCCGGUGAGGUGCUUCACUUGUGGGAAGAUUGUGGGCAACAAAUGGGAAGCUUACCUCGGCUUACUUCAAGCAGAAUACACAGAAGGUGAUGCCCUUGAUGCCCUGGGCCUGAAGCGGUAUUGUUGUCGAAGGAUGCUCCUGUCUCACGUGGAUCUCAUUGAGAAGUUGCUAAAUUAUGCUCCUCUUGAGAAAUAACCUAAAAUGGCUUUAUGGACUUUGGGCCGUCAAGAUUAGGAGCAAAAACCCUGAAUAGGACUUGGAAUAUUUUCUAAAUAAAAUUCUUUAAGCAUA